AUGGGUGUUCACGCUCGUUGUGCGUCGGACGCUCUUCACCAUUUAUCGUACGUGGUGGAGCAUGCUGUAUGGAGAGGGUGGAAGCAAGCAUUUAUUUACACCCCGGAAGAUUAUCAAGAUUGCAAUUGGGCUACUGUUCGAUUGAUGAAAUGUUUGUCUGUAAACGGGAUUGCUUCAGCGGUGAAUCCAACGGGAGGCGCCCGGCUACAGACGUUGCUUGGUGUAGUUAUACUAACUACGAGAAUGCAAAAGAAUAACACUUCUUCAUUGAAAAAGCUUGUAAAGAAGCUCCACGAAAUGGAAAUGAAUACAGCAUCUUAUGAUUGGCUCAUAGCAACCAGGUCAGAAUAUGACUUCAGGCACAUGAACGAAGUUUUGAAUGCUACUUCUGUCCGUUUCGACCAAAAUUUAGUAGUGGCAUAUCCGGGUGUAAAUAACAAAGGCAAAAAUAGGGACUUAAUUUCGGGACUUUGCGGAAGCAAUUUCGUGUAUAAAAAUGAAAGAAAUAGAUCCUUUAGUAGAAGAAAUGAUAACAGUGAUCGAUAUUACAUUAAUUGUCGCAAUACCGGCCGAAAUAAUCAGCAAUGUUCCAAUGAAUAUGAAAUGAAUUACUAUCGCAGUUCUGAAAGGUUCCGAAAUCUUACACGGAAUAAAACAUACAAGAAGAACGGACAAAUCCUACCACUUUGGCGGACUGGGUACACCAGCUAUAACUAUUCAAGGACUUUUCUUAUGACAAACAUCAGCAAAUUCUUCCUGAUGCAGCAGUUUCAUAGAUGGGAAAAAAAUAACCAUAUUAAUAGAAAGGACAACCGAAUAAACGUUGUUCAGUACUUCAAAGUGCGAAUAAAUUCCACACUUUAUGCAUUUUAUUUGGGUUGUUGGCUUGGCGGUUUGUCCAUGUCGGGAGUGGAACCCCCUUAUCCAGUAGAAGCUCGCAACUUUCUAGGAGAGGUUCUAACGGUAGGGAGAUGUAAUGGUACAGCAGAUGGAUCUCCUUCUUUGGAUGACGAUGGACCUUCUGCUCCGGCGUUGUUGAAUGAUGUGCUGCACUUUCUUACAGUCCGUCUUAACACAACGUCACGGAACCGGUACUACAGCAAGCUAGGGUUCCGUACCUAUGAGGGUACAUGGACUGGUCUCCUGGGUGCCUUGAUGGAGCAGACGGUUGACUUGGCUCUGGAGGCCGUAACGGCGCAUCCCUCGCGACAUAACGAUAUGGAUUUCAUUUUUCCUAUAGCUGAAACAAUGUGCAACAUUUACAUUCGUCAACAGGAGACAUCUACAGUGAGGGAUAUAUUUUUGGCUCCGUUCAGUGCUCGUCUAGUGGUCUGUGUGGUGGCCGUAGCUUUAGUUGCUUCAUUGGCAGUGGUCGUUAUAAGUAGGCUGGCUCCAAAUAUUAGAAAGAAGGAACGGCCUAUGGGAUUUACUGAAGCUUUGGUUUGGUCGACCGGAAUUCUCUGUCAGCAAGGAGGAAAUUGGACGCCUCCCAACGCUGCCGGCAGCGUGCUACUGAUCGUUUGCCUGCUUUUCGCCGUGGUGACGUACAACGCGUAUGCUGCUUUCAUCACCUCUGUCUUGUCCGUGAGAGUCGCCAGUGUGGACACCGUGGCCGCUGUACUGCACUCACCAAACUUUAAAAUUGGUUAUAUUAGAAAUGGCGCUGAUCAAAUGUAUCUAAUGUCGACAAAAGACUCGCAGCUAAACGCGUUCUAUAUCCGCGGGUACUCAGACGCAGACAACCUGGUGUCGUCUGCUGAGGAAGGCCUAGCCCGUGCCGCUAAGCAGGACUACGCAUUCUUCGCCGGGCAGCGAUCAGCGCGUUCAACUCUUAGGUCACUAAGCCAAGCCCGGGGAAGAUGCGCAGUUCGAGAGUUACCAGUACAUUCCACGAGAGCACAGUUAGCAUUUCCAUUGCCCAGACGUUCUCCUUACGCGAGGCCUACUCUCGUCAGUCUACUCCAGCUUCGUAGCACUGGAUCGCUGGCCAGACUGGAGGCGGCACUGGUUCCAGCGAUGCCCGAGUGCGCGCCGCCCGUCGGGUUCGCCUCGGCCCGCGCUACCGACGUGCGAUCAGCUUUGCUUCUCAUAGUGGCUGGUUUGAUUGCUGCCCUCCUACUGGGUAUUGGCGAAUAUUGUUGGAAAAAUAGAAAAGAGUUGGGACAAUUUUUAGUAAAAUGCUACAAACGUUUCUUAAGUUUAGUACACUAA